AUGGAUUAUACAGAUCUCGUUGAUAUUGCUCGACAACAAUCUGACCUUGAAGUGGCCAUUUUACUUUGCCUUGCUGCCCGCGAACAUUGCUUGAUCGAGACCACCAGCCACUGUAUUAAUGACCUCGCUAAAGAACUGGCCUUAAUUGGCUCAACUACAUUCAAUUACUCAUACUGUAUCCUUGACUGUUCAUCUGCAACAUCUAUUGACGACAUCUUCAACGAUGUCCUCACGCCGGAUGCACGCGCAAACUAUCUCCCAUCGCGUCCAUGGCUGAAUACUGGAUCGCCAAGCAAAAAUUCUUCCUAUAAAAGUCUUGGGGAUUACAGCAAAUCACCAACUCCCUUCUCACUACUCAGCAGUAACGUUGUCAAUGUUGUAAUCGCCAAGAACUUCAAUUUUGUCAGUGAUGAUAUCCAAAUGCACAUGCUGCAGUUAAUGCGAGUGGGGGAGUUGGUAACUGAGAGUGGGACGCUGAGUGCGCCUCAAGACUUUCUUUUCAUCCCCCUUGUAGCACGAGAUUCCAAUCAGCUUCAACCACCUUUGAAGCCACAUAUGAAUGACAAUCUCUUCAUUUCUCAUUUCCAUAGCCAGGAGGAUGGGUAUACGUACCUCGAAGAGAAUGACUGGCUUUCAAAUGGAGAACUUUCGGCUUCCUCUGUUAUUCAUAAUUCAAAGGGCAAGCAAACGAAGAAUACUACGAUCAGCCCGUUGGUGAUUGACCAACUCCGAGAAAAAGGUGCGUCGGUGAGCACUAACGCAGAAGUUAUUCGAUACAUUCAGGAUAUCGUUGUAUUUUUGCGGCUCAGUCGCGCUGUUGCGGGUGGUGUGUCUGCCAACGCGAACGUUCAAUUUUCCCGGUUUGCACGACUUCUAGCUCCUCUGCAUGGUAUCGAUUAUCUGACUCCAUCCAUCGUGGCCCUAGCCGCCAGGAAAGUCUUUCGCCAUCGCAUUAUUGUCACACCCCCUGGCGAAGACCGCAGUCUGCAGUAUGGAAGUGAUUUACGUGCGGUGUCUGUUAUUCUCGCCGAUGUGACGCCAGACUCAAUUCUGGAUGGCGUUCUAGCGCUCGAGCCGCCUUUAUAA